UAAUUCUCAAAAAGCGCCGUUCCCUUUCCAAAAAUUAGUGAGCGCUAAUCUAAAUUGUAGCCGUUCCCUUUCCAAAAUUUCUUGAGCGCUAAAAUCCCAAAUCUUCCCUCCCAGCGAAUUUUCUUGACUAUUCUUCAACCAAAACAAUUAGAACAAACCCUAACCCUUUCAUUCUUCAAGCUAAUCAAUCUGAACCUAACCCUUUCUUCUCAUCACACAUGAUUCUCUCCUGCGUGUCUGAUUUGUCAAUAUCGAUUGGAUCUCUUGUGUAAGCUUCAUUGUCUUGGUCACUCGAGAACGAAGGUUAACGAAGAACACAAAAAUCACUCGCGAACGAGGGUUUAAGUUUUUUAGUUAUUGGUGUACUCAAGGGUUGCAGAAAUUUCAAGGUUGGCAUACUCAACUGCAGUAACUGAUAAUUGAACUUGAGAAGAAGCACAUACUGACUGCAAGACCAAAGCAUUUGCCUUUCACUGUUCCACCUCUGCAUCUAUAAAGGUAUGAUUGUCCAUUUUUAUUAGUCUGAUGCUUAUAUUUUAUUCUAUUGUUGGAGUUUGAAUUGAAUUUUUUUUGGAUAUAAUAUCUAUGACUGCAAUAUAUUCUUAGCAUCAUUGCAUGCUUAUGGAGUCCCUUCUUAGCAUCACAGUUUACUUUCUCUCCCAGUAUGUUUUUUUGAACUUAGUUUUACUAUAAAUUAAUGAAUUAUAGUAUAUAGUCAAUUACAAACUUAAAAAACAAAAACCGGUGUUCACUAAAUUAAUGUUAAAUAUGAAUUUUGAAUGUGAGCUGUUAUAACUUCCUUUUAGUGUCACAAUAUGUGUUUCUUCUUGAUGAUUUUUCUUCUAAUGUGCUAAUUAUCUUAAUUUUAAAUUUCAUAUCCAGUGAUAAAGGAUUGAUAAUUUGACAUGAAUUAGUUCAUGAAAACAAAAAUAUGAUUUAUAAGAGCUAAAACUUCAUUUUCUUAUGCCAUAUAAAACAAAUAUUACAAUAAUAUAUAGUGGUGAGUGUGGUGAGGACCACCACCGUUUUGUAGACGUGCUUGUAUUGAAUUAGAUCUACUUUAGUCUACUUUAGUGAGGCUAAUUAUAUGGUAAUAUUCUGGUUGAUACUGACAGUCUAUUUAUCUCAUAUGAUAGCUUUAAAUUGAAGUUUGAAUAUAUAAUCCAUUAUUUUAAUGUAGUUUUUAUAAUUGACUUAAUUAUAAUAAUUGUGUAAAUGCUGUAAAUCCAUAAUAGAAUUGGAUGGUAUUGGGUAAAUUUGCAAUACAAAAAUUAAUGACUGAAGUAUGAUUGUUAGUCAUGUAGUUUUUAUAUUAUAAUGUAGUUUUUUUUCGAGUUUCAAUUAGGAUUUCAUGUCUGUCAAACACUUUUCAUGGUUGGAUGCUUAGACUAUUAUGAUUGUUAGUCAUGUACAUAUUAUGAAAUGUUGGAUUUAGGUACGAUUUGUGUUAAUUUUAAAUUUGAUAUCAAGUAUAUAGAAGAUUCAUAUUGUAAAUAUAGCAUAGAGAAUUACAAACUAGAACAAUUUUCUUACUGUGAUAAUACCCUUACUGACAUGAGUAGGAAUCUCUCUUGUCAGUAUCAAAAUCCACUUUAAAACUAGUAUAUCUUGCAUCUUGGAUUUUGUUGAAUUAAGUCGAAGUCAAGUUACAAAUAAUUUGCAUCAAACUUGAAUCAAUUUUAAUCAAAUUUGAUUCAGUUAGAUGAUUCAUUCUCAACCCUGAUGAUUCGCGACUAACUCGAAUCGAGUUUAACAUAUUUGAUUUGGUUCGAAUCCUUUCCAUCCUUGACGAUUCAUAUCAAACUUGAAUCAAUAUUAAUCAAAUUUGACUCGAUUCGACUCAUUCCAACCCCGAUGAUUUGCGACUAACUCUAAUUAUGUUGUAACUAAUAUAAUUAAAACUUUAAUAUUUUGUCUUGCUUACACUUUUUUUCAUAUAUGGUAGUCUCCUCACAAACUCGAUGGACAAGGAAUGGACAAAGUUAAACCCCGCGAGUAAAGAGUAUCAAAGUGGUCUUGAUUUUUUUCUAGAUUAUGCAUACACCAAAGGAAAACCCCGCGGGAAAGAGAUUUCGUGUCCUUGUGCUAAAUGUUACAAUAGCAAAUGGUUUACGAGGAAUGAAGUAAGAAAUCAUUUAACUGCAUUUGGAUUUCAAAAGGGAUAUGAUAUUUGGGUUCAACAUGGGGAGAAGAAACUGAAACCUAGUGAUCUUAAUGAUAAUAAUAUGAAUCAUAAAGAGGAUCAAAUUGAUGAUAUUGAUGGACUAUUGCAUGAAAGAUUUAGAGAUGUUGUACAAGAAGAAAAUGAAGUGAAUGUAGGCCUCAACGAAGAUGCAAAAAAGUUCUACAAUCUAGUCGAAGAAGCCAAACAAGAUUUGUAUCCAGGUUGCAAAAACUUCUCAAAAUUGUCGUUCACCAUUCGUCUUUAUUUAUUGAAAUGUCUUUACGGUUGGAGCAACGUAUCAUUCAAUGCUCUCUUAGAGUUGUUGAGAGAAGCUAUGCCUUCAUUGAACAUCCCUGAUACGUUCAACAAAACUAAAGGCAUGAUAAGGGACUUAGGGUUGGAUUAUAAAAAGAUUGAUGCUUGCCCUAAUGAUUGCAUGCUAUAUUGGAAAGAUCAAGAGAAUGAUACUUCUUGCCGUGUUUGUGGUGCUCCACGGUGGAAUGAAGAUGUAAAAGGAAAUGAUGAAGUUGAAAAAAAUAAUAAGUCUCAUAAAGUUCCUUCAAAAGUUUUGAGACACUUUCCUUUGAUUCCUAGACUUCAACGGCUGUUUAUGUGUUCAAAGACGACUAGCUCAUUAAGAUGGCAUGAUGAAAAGCGUUCUAAAGAUGGGAAGUUGAGGCACCCUGCAGAUGGAGAAGCAUGGAAAGAAUUUGAUAAAUGUCAUGCUGAAUUUGCUUAUGAGUCGCGUAAUAUAAGACUUGGAUUGGCCAGCGACGGAUUUAAUCCAUUUCGAACCAUGAAUUUGUCUUAUAGUACUUGGCCUGUGGUAUUAAUACCAUAUAACUUUCCACCUUGGUGGUGCAUGAAAGCUGAAUAUUCUAUGUUGUCUUUAUUAAUCCCUGGACCAUUUUCACCAGGGAAUAACAUUGAUGUGUACCUUCAACCAUUGGUAGAAGAGUUGAAAAUGUUAUGGGAUUUGGGUGUAGAAACAUAUGAUGCAUCACUAAAUCAAACUUUCCAAAUGCGGGCAACUCUCUUGUGGACUAUUAGUGACUUUCCUGGGUAUGCUAUGUUGAGUGGGUGGAGUACAAAAGGGAAACUAGCAUGUCCUUGUUGUAAUUAUGACACUAAUUCUACAUAUUUGAAAUAUAGUAAAAAGGUGUGUUAUAUGGAUCAUCGUGUGUUUUUGCCCGAGGAUCAUAAAUAUAGGUCAAAUUCUAGGAAUUUCAAUGGUAGCAUAGAAGAUAGGCCACCACCAAAGUUGUUAACUGGGGAACAAAUCUCGGAGAAACUAAAGGACGUCAACAAUGCUUUUUGUAGACUGCAAAAGAAAAGUAAAAAUGGUCCAUGGAAGAAAAAAUCAAUAUUUUUUGAGUUACCAUAUUGGAAGCAUAAUAAUUUACGCCACAACCUUGAUGUGAUGCACAUAGAGAAAAACAUAUUUGAUAGUAUAAUUGGGACAUUGUUGGAUAUUCCAGGAAAAACAAAAGAUCAUAAAAAUGCACGUUUAGACUUGGAAGAGAUGGGUAUUAGAAAGAAACUUCACCCCAAAGAGGUAGAUCAAGGCAAAAAGUCUGUGUUUGCGAAAGCAUGUUUUUCCAUGAAUGCAAAGGAGAAAACUACUUUUUGUUCUGUAUUGAAAAAUGCAAAAAUACCAGAUGGUUGUGCUUCAAACAUUUCAAGAUGUGUUCAACUUGCUGAAAAGAAAGUUAGCGGAUAUAAGAGCCACGAUGCACAUUUCAUGUUGCAUUACUUGCUUCAAGUGGCUGUGAAAAGUACAAUGCCAAACCAGGUUGCCCACCCAUUAAUCCGUCUUUGUUCAUUUUUUCGUUGUUUAUGUCAGAAGGUUAUUGAGGUGGCAGAUUUGGAUAUCUUGCAAUCCGAGAUUGUAGAAACACUUUGCCAAUUCGAGACAAUUUUCCCCCCGAGUUUCUUUGAUAUAAUGGUUCAUUUGCCAAUACAUCUAGUGAAUGAGGUAAGAAUGGGAGGACCUGUUCAAUUUCGGUGGAUGUACUUUCCAGAAAGAUAUCUAGGAAAAUUGAAGGGUUAUGUUCGUAAUAAAAGUCGUCCCGAGGGUUCUAUUGCUGAGGGCUAUUUAGUUGAAGAAUGCUUGACAUUUUGCUCUCGGUAUUUGCAUAAUGGUGUUGAAACAAGAUUCACUAGAAUGACAAGGAAUAGUGAUAGAUGUGAUCCUCAUGAACAUGAAAGUCCAAGCUCUUGUCUUAAUGUUGGUCAUCCAAUUGGAGGAAAGAAAAAGGGAGAAGCAAUUUCUUUGGAUUGCAAGUCAAGGAGUUUGGCCCAUCGUUACAUCUUAUUCAAUCAUGAAGAUGUCCAAAAAUUUAUAAGUGAGCAUGAAAAUGAAAAUUCCAAUAAGAGAAAGGGGUGGAGCAAAGCAAAGAGCCAAGGGUUAGAUUUUGUUGAAUGGUUUAAGAAGCGUGCUUUGUUAAGUGAUGUGUCUAGAAACCUAAGGAAGUUAUCCAAUGGACCAAAUAAAAUUGCACGAAGUUUUUCUGGCUAUGUAAUUAAUGGAUACAGGUUUCAUACAAAACAACGUGAUGCUAGACGUAAAACACAAAACAGUGGUGUGACACUUGCGACAAUAACAGAAAGUUUUUCAAGUACCAAAGAUGAAAAUCCAAUAACACAAUCAAUAACUUACUAUGGAAUGAUUACAGAAAUAAUUGAGGUAGACUAUUAUGGUAAGUUGAAGUUUGUGUUAUUUAGAUGUGAUUGGUUUGAAGGUGAAGAGGAAAAAUUUGGGAUGACUUGUGUUUACUUCAACAAAAGAUGUUAUGUGGAUGAUCCUUUCGUAUUGGCUUCUCAAGUCCACCAAUGCUUCUACAUUCAAGAUCCUUAUGAUGCAAAUAAACACUAUGUUAUGAAAUCUAUUCCGAGAGAUUUUUUUAACAUGAAUGAACAAUCAAAUUCAAAUACCCCACAACCGUAUAAUUAUGACAUGUCAGAUCAUGCUGUAAAUUUAGCUUCAAGCGAUGAAAUUUGUGAAGUUGAUUUUGUUAGAAAUGAUAUUCCACCAACAAUUGUUGAUAAUUUUGUACCUGUGGCAGAUGUAAUAGAAUCUGAUCACGAUUCUGAUUUAUAAUAAUUUUUAUGUAUGUUUUGUGAAUUCAUUUUGAAACAGUUUAUGUUUGUGGUGUUUUGAUGACGAUUUUGAAUCAUUUUGAAUCUGAUCACGAUUUUGAAACAUUUUGAAUCUGAUCACGAUUUUGAAACAUUUUGAAUCUGAUCACGAUUUUGAUUUUUAUGUGUUUUGAUGAUCUUACUAUAUUCAUUAUAUACCUACAUCUUGCAUGUUGAAUAGAAAUGUUAAUUCGCAUAGUAAUGUUCAGCCUUUUUUUUUUGCAUGCUUACAAUAGUACUUUAUAAUUUCUUGUGCAAUAUUAUUCACAAAGUAAUUUGUGAUUUCUAUAAUAAGAUUGAU